GAAUGGUCAUUUAUAGCCGUUACCGCGGUUCUCAUUGCUGCUCGAAUUUAUCUUCGCCUCAAGAUUAACCGAAAGCAAUUUGCGCCCAGCGAUAUUUUGAUAUGCCUAGCAUGGUGUUGCUCAGUGACUAUGGCGUCGUUUGAUAUUGUCUUCGCCAAGAUUGAUAUCCUACGCCCGGAUGUCGACUACGCACUAAAAGGGUUUAGCGGACCCCCUGAGAAAAAGCAGAAAGGACUGAAGUUUCUCUGGAUUGCUAAUUUUCCGUUUUAUAUGGGCUUCUAUUUCUGUAAGGCGGCAAUAUUGACCUUCUACAAUCAACUAUUCCCGCCUGUUUUACGGAAACGAAGAUUUGUACUGUGGGUGGCUAUUGUUUAUAUCGUUUGCGAAUGGAUUGUAACAAUAUCCAUGAGCCUCUUUUACUGUUGGCCUAUUCACACAAACUGGUCACUCGAUCCAACAGCGGCAUGCCCAACUAGUCGGGCAUACAGGGUUCUACAGGUUGGAUGGGCUUUGCAUUUCUCCGGUGAUAUUAUAAUUUUUAUCCUUCCGUUUUUAAUUUUGCAUGAAUUAAAACUGGAUGCAGUAGUCAAGAUUGGCGUAUACUGUACCUUCGGACUGGGCCUCAUAAACAUAUCCUUUUGCUUAACACGCUUUUUGAUCAUUCAAGUUAAGUUAUCCAAAGGCCCACCAUCUAUCUCGCUUGUUGAGCUUUGGUGCGCCCUUGAUACCAACGUUUGCCUUCUGAUGGCUUGCCUGCCGCCAUUGCGGCCCUACCUA